CAGCAGCAAAUUGAAAACCAAAACACAAAGUUGAUCGAAAACAAUUAAUGUUUUUCCGAAAAUUUAUCCAUUAAAUACUAGAUUAAAGCUCUCUCUACGUUUUAAAAGAUCGAUCACUUAAUAUUAAAUCGUGUGGAUAUAAAAUGUUAAAGUUCUACGUCUUGUUUGCAAUAUUUACUAUUGAUAGAGUCAAAGCAGAUACUACAAAUAUCAAUAAUGAUUUGCAGUCCAAGUUAAUACAACAAUACAAUGGUGAAGGGUAUUUAUUUCCAUACCCUUAUCAGUGCAUGGACAUUUUGAAAGAAUUUGCGGAGCAUGCAUCUAAUUUUACACUAUGUGCAAUUUUAAACGCUCGGCCUAUUACUCUUUGCGAGAAGUGUGUUGGGAAUUAUGUGAGCUUUCGUGAUAAAUACAAAGAGCUACUCGAUACAGUUGUAAAUGGGACAUCCUGCAAAACAAUAUUCCUGUACCGUGACAGGUUAAAUGCAGUGCAAGAGUAUCACAACAAUAUUUUGAAUGUUUGGGACAUGGGCAAUUGUAACGAAUGUUUUAACUGGACCAUGGGAAUCCCCUCACUUAAAAGUACCACAAUAGAUUUUCACAGAAUGUCUAAUGAUACAAUGAAUUGUAUCAUCAAAUAUAUGGUUCCUAACAGUAGUGAAGUUUGUAACAAAUGUAUGCAGUAUUAUGAACAACUGGAUGAUUUCUAUAAAACUUUGAGUUCAGAUUCAAUUGGUGUUGAUAGUGUUUGUAUGGACAUUGUAGAUUCUAUGAAUGCUACAAGGUCCAUUUGGAGUAAAAGUCUCAGCUGUUGUAACCUGAGGAGGACACCUGAAAUGAUAUUUUUGAGCUGUGCAGGCAUUAUUUCAUUCUUGCCUAUAUUAUAUUACAUUAGUUUGAGAUAUUGUGGACCAAUUCGAGAUUUACCAAAUGUGUUAAAACAAUCAAGAUUUAAACAGACAAUCUUAAGAGGGCUUUCAAUCGAUAGUAGGAGUGACUAGAAAAUAGAGAUGUACCGACUAAAAUUUUGGUCAACUAGUCAACGAGUAAAUAUAUGAUAGCCAUUGGUAAGCUGGUGAUGUCUAGUUAUAAUUUUUAUUGGUAUUGUAAAAUAUUCACCUCGACACUUACACACUCAUCAAUAUUUAAAAUAAUCAUCAUUUGAACCUAUUCUUUGUUUUCCAAGCAUAAUAGUAAAAAUAAAAUAGCUUCAUUACAAAAAAGUCAGCUUAACAGAUUGGUCGGUACAUCUCUAUUAGAAGUAGAUAAAUAAUAAUUCAAUUAUAAAAUUGUUAU